CAACGUAAUUUUCACCAAAACAUUUGCAAUCACACCUCCAAAUUUCUCAAAGAACACCAAAACAUUUGCAAUCACACCUCCAAAUUUCUCAAAGAAACAAAGAAAGCCAUGGCUGCAGCUAAGUCUAGUAUCAAAACUGCAACACCAUUCUUCCUAGUUCUUUAUUCAACCAUGAUCCUAUUUUUUGCUUUGCCAUGUUUUUCUUCUGAUCCCGACCCUCUACAAGACUUUUGUGUUGCUGACUUGAGCUCCACCACUAUUGUGAAUGGGUACUCCUGCAAGCCAGCGUCCAAGGUUACGUCAAGUGAUUUUUUCUAUAGCGGCUUGAUGAAUGAAACGAGCACAGCGGAUCCCUUUGGGUUUGGAGGGACAUUCGGUGAUGUUACCACCUUCCCUGGGUUAAACACCCAGGGACUUUCAAUAAGCCGACUCGAUCUCGCACCUGGUGGAAUUGUUCCACUUCAUACACAUCCCCGAGCAAGUGAAGCUAAUUUUGUCGUGAAAGGGGAAGUACUUUUUGGGUUUAUCACUACUAAUAAUGUCGUGUACUCAAAGGUUAUGAAAGCUGGAGAGUUGAAUAUCAUUCCUAGAGGGCUUGUGCACUUCGCCAAGAACGUUGGACAGGAGAAGGCCUUCGUACUAGCUAUUCUUAAUAGCCAGCUGCCCGGAUUUUCAAUACUUCCUAUAAACCUCUUUGCUUCUAGCCCAGCAAUUCCUAAUGAUAUUUUAGCUAAGAACUUCCAAGUUGAUGAGGCCGUCAUCGCUAGCAUAAAGUCUAAGUUUGGUAACUAACCAAAAUACGAUGCCGUUCUUAGGAAACUGUACCAUGGGAAGAUGUGAGUCUUGUUAGAGAAUCUGUGGAAUGUUCGAGUAGGUUUCACUCGAAGAGUCAAUAAUAAAGCAGCCGAUGAGCUUGCUAAGUGUGCUAGGUCUAAUCCUUGUAAUCAAGAAUGGUGGCAAGAACCACCUUCUCUACUGGAAUCGUUCCUGUCUAUGAGCAGGACUAUGUAACUUUCAUCUUUGGUUUUUCAAGAAAACAGCUAAAUGUGGUUUUUCCUGGUUA